CUUAUAAUUAAUCUCUUUCUCUAAAAACAUCUAUAGGAAAUAUUGGAAUAGGAGACUUUGGAUUUGCUUCCAAACCACAUUAUGAAGCUGAAUUUCUGAGUUCCAUGGAUUUGAGUGUAAAGUAUGCUAAGGCUUUAGACUGCAAAAUGAUUCACAUCUUGGCUGGCAAUCAAUCAAAGUACAUCAAAGAUAGCAAUGUUGAAGAAGUAUAUGUUGAGAACCUAAAGAAAGUUUUGGAUCUGUAUUCACAGGAAGACAUCACAUUUUUGAUUGAACCAAUAACACCAAUUUUGAAGCCAGAUUAUUUUCUGACAAGCUUUGAUCAAGCUGUGAGCUAUAUCAAUGAGAUUAACAGUCCUCUUCUGAAACUUGAUCUAGAUAUUUUCCACUUGCAAAUGAUUACUGGUAACAUAACCAACAACACCAAAGAGCUUUUGCAGUAUGUAGGGCAUGUCCAAGUUUCCCAGGUACCAAAUCGAGAUGAACCAUCUGCAUCUGGAGAGAUAAAUUAUCAGUAUGUCUUUAAUUUGCUGGAAAAAUUAGGAUAUGAUGGGUGGAUAGGGUUAGAAUACACACCAAAAGAAACAACUCUGAGUGGAUUGAAAUGGAUUGAAGAAUAUGGCUACAAACUUUAAGAUUGUCAUUACUUUAUUUUCAUUGUACUUCUAUUUUCAUUAGUAAAAAAAAUAUUCAAGAUAAAUCUAUACAGAACAAUGAAAAUAUGUAUUUUUUUUUAUUUUUUUUUGUAAGUGGCUAUAAAGUUUUGAAUGUAGAUGAAAAAUUCCUGAAUACAAAUAAACUUGGUGUUAAAGAUUGAUAUAUUUGACAUUAUGUGUAAAAAGUAUUAGGAUUUUGUAGUAUAAUAAUUGUAUAUUUUCAAAGUAUACAACAAGAUUGGAUCUUGUGUUGUUCAGGUUUAAAAGAAUAAUUGAUUGGAGUACAAAUUAUUGUUUAUGACUACUUUUCAAACAUACAUGUUAGUUUUACUUGAAUCAUAAAAACUUCAACAAGCUACUGGUAUUAAAAAGCUGCUGGUAAUACUUUAAAAAAUUAUAUAAAGAACUUAAGUAUGCAAAUGUCAUAAUAUAGAAACAUUUGCAGGUAGCUAUCAAGUUUUUUUAAUCUUUGAUAAAAGUUUAUUUUUUGUUAUAUAAUUGAGGUUUUGUAGUAAGUGUUAGCUUACAAAUCUGUGAAAGCUUGUGGUUAUUUGAAAAAUAGUUCUAUUCACAAUGAAUCCAGGUACACAAACAUAAAAUAGAACUGUUACAUAUUUUUAUUAAUAAAGAAAGGAGUUGUUAGUAUUUAGCUACAAGAUGUCUCAACUGUAUAUGGAUUAUAAAAACAUGAUCAAGGAUUAUUUCCCAUUAUAAAUGUAAGAAUAUGUUCUUGAACAAAUAAAUUAAUAAAUGUUUACCAACUUU